AUGUCGGACCGCCAAGACCCUGCAAUUUCUGCUGAACUUAAGGAAUGGCUUUUCUCCACUAUCGCGGAGUCCAUUCCUAAGGCUUUGGCAGCCUAUCAUGAACAAACUACUACAGAGGUUCAUCCCUCUACACACCAACCAUCUGAUUCUGAGGACUCCCAUCUCUCUGACCAAGACAGCGCCUCGCGCAAGAGACCCUGGAAAGGGAAUAGUGCUACUGCGGGCAAAGGCAAAGCUCCUGCAAAGGUCUAUAAACAUUCCCAACCAUACAUUAUGCAGGAUCCAACAGACCCGCUAGAGGGUUCUACUUCUCGUUUGACUGGCCAUAUUUUAAGUGAUUAA